CGCGAGUCUAGCGGAGGGCACAUCACGAGCCCUCCACGCUUAAGCAGUCAGAAUGAGGUACUCCGCGGUUCUCGCCUUCGUGCUCGUCAAGACCGCCGAUGCAGGUUUCUUGUGCUCGCAAGGGGAAGGAUUGUUUCCCGAUCCGAGAAAUUGCGGCCGAUUCAUCCAAUGCAUGGAUUGGCAUCCCCAUCUCUUCGACUGUCCCAGCCAGCUUCACUUCAACCCGGGAACGAGGAUGUGUGACUGGCCCUCACAAGCCGGAUGCUCUGUUGAGGCGAAUGGCGACGUCGACCCCGUCGCGGUAAUCGAUCCGGUGACAGAAUCUGCCGGAGGAAGUUCCGAAGCCACUGGGUCGGAUCAGGUGAAGAAACGCGCUGAUGAGGCAGGUGGAGAGGACUCCAAAACACCGGACGCCACCAUUCCGGACGCCAAGCCCACGGAAGCCAAGAUGAAGGAAUCAAAGACUACGGACGCCGUGAUGAAGGGAUCAAAGACUACGGACGCCAAGAUGCCGGAGAUCGAGAUUCCGGACGAAGAAAUCGACAUCGCCGAGAUCCCGAAAGCCGAGAUUCCGGACGCCGCCAAGAAGAAGGAAUCCAAGACUGCGGACGCCAAUAUGCCGAAGGUCGAGAUUCCGAAUGCCGAGAUUCCGGACUCCAAGAUCCCGAAAGCCAAGACUCCGGACGAAAAAAUUCCGAUCGCCAACGUCUCCGAAGCCGAGGUUCCGGCCGCCAAGAUGCCGGACGCCGAGAGAUCCAAGGAUGAGAUCGACUCCACGUGGAAGAAAAGUAUUGAGAAGGGUUUUCACAACAGGAACCUCGGGAGAAAAGAUUCUCGAAGAGAUUACAGCAGGUACCGACGGCACAGAGGCUGGAGCCGCGCCAAUUCAGAAUGAGCACGUAACAAGAAAGGAAUGAGUGCAAUAAAAAGUACCUCCUUUCUUAA